CAAAUCUAGAAAUUAAAGUAUAAUGACAAAUAAUUUUUUCUGUCUUUUUCUACUACAACAAUGAGUUUGGGUAUGGUUUGUAAGAAAAAAAAAGGGUAGUUUAGCAUAGAGGAUAGUUAAACUAUAGUAGGGGAUAGGUAGAUCUUUAAAAAAAAGUAAACACAACUUUAUGAGGCAAUUUGAGUAAUUAAUGAUGUUAUUACAUAAAGUAAAUGCGAUGUUGUCAACUUAUAGUUGUUGUUUUUUUACCAAAAGUGAAAUGAUUCGAAUAGAUAAAACUACUCAAAAUCGUGAUUGUUGCAAUAGAAAAAAAAUGAGAAAUUAUAUAACAAUUAGCAAAAAAUUAAAUCUCAUUUCAUAGCAACAAAAAAUGAAUAAUGUUAACAAAAAAUUAGCAAAAAUAAAAUAAAUAAGAACCCAACGCAUUACCUUUAAAACUAGUAAGAGGUAAACUCAAAAGAAAAGUGGAUAACUACUAAAAACGAGUAGGAGGAUGACCUGCAAUUUUUUUUAGUGUUUAAAGACUUUCUUUUAAGCCAUACUUAAACCGUGACCGCGAGUAGGAACCCAAGCCCACAAGCAGUCUUGCGGUACAAAGGCUCUUAUUAAUGUACAUCCAAUUACAUGAUAGCACAAAUAAGCAAAAAGAUAUAUUGAGGGGAAAAGCGAGCUAACCAUAAGCAAAAAGAUAAUAGAAAAAUAUACACGCCUAAUAAGAUAGCUAUCUAAUACAACUCGACUCCGGCCAUAGCGACUCGGUUUUAGAAAAAAAAAAAAAAAAUUAGAUGGUGGUUUGCAUAACCUGGUAUCAUACCAUGAUAAAUUAGAGAGAGAAGAGAGAAUAAUCUGAUAUUAUUAUUGCUUGUUUUAUAUCAUAAAGAUUACAAUCCUUUAUAUAGAGAAACAUAACAUAAAUUUAACCUAACACAAGUUAACCUAAUGGGCUAUGGCCCAAUACUCCUAACAACUUCCUACGCCUGAUAGAAGCAGGAGAUGCUUAAAACUCCUAUAUAUGAUCCCAGAUUGCGGUACUCGAUCAUAAUUUUUCAGUUUCUUGAAUCAGAAUCACAUAAUUUUCUUUAGGUUCUAAUAUCUUGACUUGCCGUUCAAAUAUUGUAAUGGACGUGAUUAGGAAAGAAACGACUCAUGAUCUUCCUUCGCUUCAUUUCGACUUAAUCCAUAAGAUCUUGUUGUGGCUGCCCGCUACAUCUCUUGUUCGUCUCAAGUGUGUUUCCAAGUCAUGGUACCAUGUAAUCAAUAGUCCUGAUUUCAUCAAACUUAAUCUAAGCCAUUCCCUCAAAUCAAACUCUAAUAAGAGCCUCAUCCUAUAUGCACAUAAUUCUCUUUACAGUUUGUACUUCCAUGAUCUCUCUUGUCGUGUCACUGAACUUCCGUACCAUCAAGUAAUGGCGAACUUUGCUUCACCUCAACAACAUGAUUUCAAAGUGACAGGAUCAUGCAACGGCUUAAUUUGCUUCAGAUUUAGAGACAAUAACCUUGCUCUUUACAAUCCCGCCACUCGAGCCUGCAAGGUAUUACCUCAACUCAACUUCAAGAGAUUAUCCUCUGAGGCCGAGUUUUUCUAUGACUGUAUGUCCGAUGAUUAUAAGGUUUUGAGGUUUGCAGAAUUGCGGAACCCUAGGGAAACCUUCCUCUAUAGUUUGAAAAUCAAUGCAUGGGAGAGGAUCCUAGGUCCCCCUUGGGAUUGGCAUUGGAAAUCUGUUAAAUUCCCUGGUAUUUUGGUUAACAACACUUUGCACUGGAUGGAUCGUGAGCAUAAAGACAUAAAGUGUUUCGAUCUUUCCACUCGCAGGUAUUACGUGUUGCUCCUUCCCAAAAAAGUUAGUCCAACUUAUUUCCCUUUAUUGGCAGUUUUAAAAGGAGAAUUGUUCGUAGUAACAUAUUAUUUUGAUAUAUGGGUAAUGAAGGAGUAUGGUGUGGAAGAGUCUUGGACUCGGUUGUUUCGCUGCCCAUCUACGCAGUGGAACGAUAUAUAUAAGUCUGCAUCGUCUGGCUGUUUGAGUUGGGGUUGUGAAUUGAGUAUUGCUUGCUCAAAAGAUGGGUGCAAAAUCCUAGUAGGUUGUUUGAGAGGACCCCGAAACUUUAUUUGUUGUGAUCUACAAUCUCAAGAAGCUUCUGAGGUUGAAAUUCCAAGUUUAUUACCAAAACGGUUCUCUGCCAUACUACCAUGGGUCGAAUCUCUUAUCCCUCUAUCAAACUAAUUGAAGGGAGAUGAUUCUACUCGUGCUAUCUUGCUCAAAAGGUUGAACAAGAAGAGGAUCGGCUCUUCUAAAGUCAUGUGUCAUGAAGGUCGUGUUCGAGGUCACAUUCGUGUUAGUAGCCGAGGUCGUGUUUGUGGUCGAGUUCAAGUCGAAGUUCGUCGUUGUGUGGUAGCGUGUUCGUGGCAGUAGUUAAAUUUCAUGGCAAUAUGAAAUCAUUGAAGAAGUUGUGGCAUGAGAGUUUGAACCAAAGGAGAGUGUUGGAAAUAAUUCAAACGUUUGUUUCAUUGUUUUUAGGGAGUUAGUUUCCUAAGUCUAAGCUAAUGUCAAUAAGUUAAUUUUUUUUUUUUUGACGAGAAAUGUUACUUAGUAUGAUGUUAAUUUUUUUUUUUUGACGAGAAAUGUUACUUAGUAUGAUGUUACUAUUUAUAUCUUCUUUGUAUUGAAUUUUAUUAGAGUAUUGUUUUAUUUUUCCCACCAUUGCUUUGCUUUCUUAAUGUUUACUUCAACUAAAAUAUUAUAAAAUACUUCCUUCA